CGUAGUGGAGGAGGUCGGGACUGCGGGCCGACGCCCACCUUACGGGGGCGGGGCCUGCGUCCCCUUUCCCAGUGUGCGCUGCGCCGCUGGGUCUCCCGCGCGCUUUUUUUUUUUUGUAACCUGUCCCGCUGCAGCCGAGUAAGUGGACGCUUACGAAGUUGGGUGUGACCUUUUCUCAGCCCCCUCAUAGUUAGAUGCUUGAACUCCCUCAGAAAAGCCGAGAUUUUUUUUUCUCACUGCUCCGUAGAAGGAAAUUGUGUGUUGAAAAUUGCCCAGGUCGGAGAAGAACAGGUUGGAGGGACUAAUGCACAGAAACGCGCAGAAAGAAACUGCAGGCAAAUCGGGGUGGGUCGCCUCGGGCCUGUCCCUGCCUGGCGUUGCAGAGGGUGCUGCUGACCUCAGUCAGUCUACGCAGUGCCCAUUCUAGCAGCAGACUCCAGAAAACCGUUUUCUGAAAAACUGGGACACACCCAAGCGCUCUCCCGAAGCUGCACACUACAGACAGAGACGUGAAUUCUGGGUGCAUCGUUACUGUGGAAUUGUUCUGGAAGCAAAAGUGAUAAUAGUCAAAGAAGUUUCCGCUCCCGGGAGAGAAUAUGACACUGGGUGCGAAGUUGACUUAAGUUUGCCUUCGAAAAGAAAACGCCUGUGAGAAAAAAAAGUUUAUGAGGAUUCUUCUUAUUUGAGAACAUUCAAGUAUCUGUUGGAUGUUUUGAGGGAAAGCUAAGCUACGUUUCUGCUUCUGACCCUUCCAUUUACAGCUUUAGUACCUCCGGCAAGUUCUCUAACAUUUCCAUGCCUCAGUUUCUUUACAAAAACUCAAAAAAGUAUGAAUAGAAUAGACCUUUUCAUGAAUACUGGCUACUUGAGGUGGGUGGGUGGGCGCAUUGUUGGGAGUUAGGUAGUUUGGCGCGUUCCCAAACAAUUGCUUUUUCUAACGUCCUCUCAGUAACUGAGAAGAGCUUAGUUCAUUAAGGCCAAUAACUCAGAAAGCCUGAAGAACACUGACUUGAGUCGAUUGAUAGGAUAGUGAAUGGAAACUUUCCCCAUUUUUCGUAUUCCUCAGUACAUUCCAGAGGAAUCCAAAGACAGAAUUAUCUCAGGUGAAGAUGUACUCGGAAUGUUACUGAAGGCUUCACAGUCUCUAGCUCUAUUUUGAAAUGACUGUAGUAAACAUCUCUUGACUGUGCUUCCAGAACCUGUUGAGUCAAAAUAUCAACACCUACUGGCCGUUCAGCAUCAAAGGGUGAAACCGUUUAGAGAUAGAGACCACCAACAAAGCAUCUUCAAAUCAGAAGACAUGCUUUUUAAGACCUUGGGUUUCAUUCAGUGUUGCUUGAGCAGCUCACGGAUUUCUGUAGGAAGAGGUGUCUUGCCACUAAAGCCCUGGUACCAAAAGGGGGCAGUUGUGUCUGUGUAUUCCAGUAACACCUCAGUUAGUACUGCCAUAAAUUCCUUCUAUAUUGAUAAAGUUCAACAAAACAAGUAUGAACCAUUCUUUUCCCAGUCCAUUGGAAAUCCACUUGUUUUUAGAUGCUUGGAUGGCAUAUUCAUUGAUGGAAAUGACCAAGUAAUACCAUGAAUUAUAUUCAACUCAUGUUUUCAACUCUGGGAGUUCAGCGCUGGGAGAGACCGACAGCCUUUAAGAAUGAGUGAUGGUACAGGGUUAACAUCAGAAAUUCACAAUCCACUGACUAGAGGACAGUAUGUCAAUGAUUGUUCAGACAGUAAGCUGGCAUGAUGAGGCUUUUGACAGGAGGUACAACAAUGGCUAAUUCUUCUUCACCAUGUGACUGAGUACAAAGGCAAUUGAAUAACAGUACUUAAGCUGCUGUAACUUUGAGAAGAGAUGACUUUUGAUCAUUAGUGUUUUAGAGUUGUUAAAUGAUUCCAGAGUAUUUUAUUGGUGUUGUAGCAUAACCUAACGAACUCAACACUAGACUAGUAUACCCUUUCUGCUGAUAAGUUUGGGAGUCGUCCGUUUAUUGGCUUGACUUUCCCACAAGUAAAACCCUGACCCUCUGGAAAUAGGCCUGGCUCCUUCAUUUAACCAAAUGACUGUCUGGCACCCUUAGUUCCUGAUAUUUCAAAAGUAAACUAUCAAGUUGAGCAUGAUGGUGCGUGGUUAUUAUUCUAUCACUGGAAAUAAUCACUGAAGCAGGAGGGCCACGAGUUCAAGGUUAACAUGGGCUGCGUAAGAAGACCCUGUCUCAAACAAACAAGGGAAAACAUCUGUGUUUAUUACAUAGGUUUAUGUAUAAUCUAAACACAUGUACUACUUUAAAUUUUUACUUUCCUCCAUAUUAGUAAUAUUCUGAGUGUGUUCCAUUCGUUAAGCAUCAUAAUUCAAUAGUGUUUUUUACUCUCACCCUGUGUUGUGACUUUUUCUCCAAAAUGAUGCGCCUCUUCCUAGACAGAGCCGCUAAUGUGUUAUUAGGAAUUUGAUAUGUCUGCAGUUUGCCCUGUAAAACUGAAGCAAAUCUCCCAAACAUGCCUACAGCUGCGACAAAGUCAG